UGUGCAGUAGGCUGCAGUGGGAGGAGGCACUUUUUUUUUUUUUUGGGGAUAUCUGGGGCUUUGCCAAGGCGGCAGGGCAGAUUUUGAACCGCAGUGGCGCACAGUGACAUAACACUUUGGUGUUUUCAAGACUGAGGACAGUCGCAAAAACGUUACCAACCAAUGAAACCUGCCUCUGACAAGGAAGCAAAAACACUUGGAGCGAUGCGUGAAAUGUGAUUUGUCCGGACGGUUUGAGCCACAACUUCUGCGAGUUUGAAGGAUGUUUUGGAGAUGGCCUGAACUUUUUCUUUCUUUCUUUCUUUUCUCUAGAGUUAACAGUAAAAACAUAUAGUUUACGGAGUAGCAGGAGAGCUCGGAGCAUGCAGCGCGUAGAAACCAACUCGGGUUGAUUCCCCAAUCUGGACUCCCUGUUUUUGUCUUUCCUCUCAGGCCCGGGUCGGGCGAGGAGAUGAGUGCUCAGGAUGGGACUGUGCCUCGGUACCGAAGUUACAGAGGAGGAGAAGAAGGCGAGGAUACACAGUGCCAAGAUAGACAGAGACCUGUACGAGUACGCCAAGCGGGAGAUGAAUGUGGUUAAAAUACUCCUACUAGGUGCAGCAGAGAGCGGUAAAAGCACUUUGGUCAAACAGAUGAAGAUCAUCCACAGUAAUGGAUUCACCAAGCAAGAGCUCACCAGCUUCAAGCCUGCAGUGCUGGAUAACCUCCUGACCUCCAUGAAGUUUGUCCUCCACGGCAUGGGUGUCCUCCGGAUCAACCUGGCUAACAACAGGAACAAGGUCCACGCUCAUACUGUCCUGUCAUGUGGACGGUGUUUUGACGAAGAACAGGUGCUGUUUCCUUUCCUUGGCCACGCCCUGUCCUGUCUGUUGGCCGACCAGGGGGUGAGGGUGGCGGCAGCCCGAGGAUACGAGUACGAGCUCAAUGACUCAGCGCUGUAUUUUUUUGAGAACCUGACCCGCAUCACGUCUCCAGAUUACGUGCCCACAGAGACAGACGUUCUGCGAGUACGACUGAGGACGACCGGCGUCAUAGAGACCCAGUUCAAAGUCAACCAUCUUAUUUUCAGGAUGUACGAUGUUGGAGGCCAGAGAACAGAGCGGAGGAAGUGGAUUGGUUGUUUCGAGGACGUCAGGGCGGUGCUGUUCGUGGUGUCGCUCAGCGGUUACGACAUGACCCUGGUGGAAGACCCCUCCGUGAAUCGUCUUCAGGAGAGCCUGAAACUCUUCUCCUGCAUCUGCAACAACGUUUUCUUCCGCAGCACAUCCAUGAUUUUAUUCAUGAACAAGAUAGACCUUUUUCAAGACAAGAUUUUACACUCUGGGCGACAUCUGCGGCUAUACCUGCCACAGUUUAAAGGUGCAGACUGCGAUGUGGAUUCGUCUGCCCGCUUCAUCGCCGCCACCUUCGUCUCGCUCAACGCUACUCCCAGCAAACUCAUCUACCACCACUUCACCACUGCGACAGACACCUCCAACAUCCAGGUCGUCUUCCAGGUGGUUAUGGACACGAUAAUCAAAGAGAACCUGGAGGCUGUGUCGCUCCUGUAACCCAGUGCCGGCGCAGGUCCGAGACAUUACUGGACAGCCGGUACAGUCGCCCUUCAGGUGUCUCAUUUAUAAAGACGUGAAGACUGUCUGCUCCAAAAACGUAUUGUCUGAUUCAUAUCUGAAGGUGCAGCCUGGAAGCUCUGACGCUCUUUGCCACUGGUGCAUUUCAUCCCCUGAUGCUCGAUUUCAUGUAGCUUAGAAAAACUCUUUCAAAUGACGUUGAAGAAGAAGGGACACCUGGCUGAUCCUUUGUUUAGGGGUCGAGCCCUAAAAUGUUGAUUUUUGAAACCUUGUGUUGCGAGUAAUGGGCAUUUAUAUUUUUGUACUAUAUACAAAAUGUACUAUACUAUAAAAUCAAAGUUUGUGUGUGUGUGUGUGUGU